AUGGCCUCAUUCCCCUUCAUCCUUCAGGCCCACCAAGGAAACCACCAGGUCGAACUUGUGUACAAUGGACAGCAACUCGAGUUCGACGGACUCAACCUCGAUGGUGGUCACCGUAUCAUUAAGACGACCGAAAUCCUGAACAUCGACAUCGAGCACGAAAACUCUCUUGUAAUUGCUGUAGCCUCUGCCAAGAACGGCCCCACCAAGGAGUCUGUUCUCGAGCGCCUCGUAUUCCAGGUCAGGGACAAGGCCAAUGCUGUCCAGUGGCAAUCCAACGUCCUCUCUCAUGUCUAUAAAGAUAUCAAGAGAGGAAGACACUUCAAGGUCCUCGUCAACCCUUUCGGAGGCCAGGGACAUGCGAAGAAAUUGUGGGAGACCAUUGCCGAACCAAUCUUCACGGCUGCCGGAUGCACCUAUGACCUGACCUACACCACGCACCGGUACCACGCAAAGGAGAUUGCCAAGGAUCUCAACAUUCGACUCUACGACGCCGUGGUGUCUGUCAGCGGAGACGGUGUUUUGCACGAGGUCGUCAAUGGACUCAUGGAGCGCCCCGAUGCAAUUGCUGCUCACAAGCUGCCAAUCGGUGCCAUCCCUGGAGGAUCUGGCAAUGCCUUGUCAUACUCUCUUUUGGGCGAAGAUCAUGGAGGUCAUGUCACCAACGCAGUUUUGGGAAUUAUCAAAGGAAGGGCCAUGCCCGUCGAUUUGUGCUCCGUCACACAGGGUCAAAAUCGCUACUUUUCGUUCGUCCUCCAGUCUUUCGGUUUGGUCGCUGAUGUCGAUCUGGGCACGGAAGACAUGCGCUGGAUGGGUGAGGCACGAUUCACAGUGGCAGCUGUCGGAAAGCUAUUGUCUCAGCAGACCUACCCUUGCGAGCUCUCUUACAUCCCGGUGGAAACUAAUGUUGACAAGAUUCGCGCCGAAUACAACUACCGGCGCCAACAGUCUGUCGUUUGGGCCGACCAGACCCACGAUGAACUGGAUCAGUCACACCCAACAAUUGUCGAUCGCUUUGGCGGUGUCAAUUCUCAACUCAACAAGAGCGACGGAUGGGUCACGGAUUCUGAGGACGUUAUUACAGCAGUCGGUGCCAAGUUACCAUGGAUCUCAAAGGGAAUGCUGCUUAACCCUGCAGCAACCCCCAACGAUGGCUUGAUCGAUCUCAUUGUUUUCCCCAAGGGCACUGGUCGCAUUAAUGGUAUCCAGGUCAUGCUGGGCACAGAGACCGGCGAGCACAUUUAUCACGACAAGGUCCGCUACAUGAAGGUCAAAGCCUUCCGUCUGACCCCAAAGAACGCAAGUGGCUUCAUUUCCAUGGACGGCGAACACACACCCUACUCACCUUACCAGGUUGAAGCCCAUAGUGGCCUCAUCUCCGUCCUCAGUAUCGAAGGACGCUAUGCUCGUAGCAUGCGGGAGUAA